CUGAGGGCCAACACCACUUUCUGCGUUCAGUGUGAAGACAGAGACACAGACAGCACAAGGUGGAGGUAUCAGCAAUGUGGCAUUCAUUCUUUCUGAUGGCAGUGUUUACUGGGAGUGUAGACCCAGUAAAAGGGUACAGUAAUGGGAAAGUGAGUAUUGCCUGUGGAAACAUGGUGCCUCAGCACGGUCACAAGCCCAGCCCAGACUCUCCUCCAUACAGAAUCACUGUGGAUACUUCCACAUUUAGUCCACGGGACAAUAUCACAGUGUCCUUGCAAGUGGCCUCCAACCGUACAUUCUUCAGGGGAUUCCUGAUAGAAGCUCGGGAUGCUUUGAAAUUGGCCUCGGCAGCAGUGGGUUUCUUCAUCCUGACUGACCCACAAGAGUCCCAGCUGCUACAGUGUGGCCACACUCAGGGAUCUGGGGUGAGCCACAGGAGAAGCACAAGAAAAUCUCACAUUCAGGCUGUGUGGGUAUCUCCAGAAAUCCCUCCACAAAGAGUCCAGUUUCUUGUGACGGUGGUGCAUGAGUAUAAGGUGUACUGGGUUAGGAUUGCAGGUCCGGUGGUGUCUCUUAGAGGAGUGACUGCUGUUCCAUCAACUGCUGUUCCUGCCCAAACCAACACACCCACUGCUCUGUCUACACCGUUUAGUUCAAUGGGGUGUGGCCACAGCAGAUCUUGUCUCAGAGACCCUGUGGGCUGUCAGCCAGAGGCAGAUCCCCACUGUUUCUUCCUGUCCUUUAUCACCGAUCAAGAAGGGCAAAGUGUGACGUUUGAACUCAGUGGGCCUGCUGAAGGUUACUUAUCUUUUGCCCUGUCUCUGGACAAAUGGAUGGGGAAUGAUGACGUCUAUCUGUGUGUGAAUGUUGGAGGUAGAGUUGCCAUCAAUGCUGCCUAUGUCAACGGACGAACACACCCUGAAUCGGCAUCAAAGGAGGAUCUUUGGGGUCAAGCAUGGAGGUUGGCCGAUGGGGUCAUCCAAUGUCGUUUUCAAAGAAACAUCCUCGUCCCUCAGGUCGAGAGCAGGGUCAACCUAAACCAGAGCUACUUCCUGUUUCUUGCACAUGGCAGCUCUCACCAGGGUUUGAUCCACAGACACGAUCAACAACCUCUCAUCUCCACCAAUCAGAAGGUGAUCACUGGGCAUCCAGAGGAGCUGUGUGGUUCCCGCUCCCCACUGCUGAUAAAGUUCCAUGGUGUGUUAAUGCUCGCUGUCUGGAUGUGGAUGGUGAGCACAGCCAUCUUCAUUGCUCACCACUACAAAUAUUUCUGGCCUGACACAACUCUGCUGGGACAAAGGCUGUGGUUUCAGCUUCAUCGAACCAUGAUGGUCUUGGCUGUGGUCCUUACUGGUGUGGCCUUCACCCUGCCUUUCAUAUACAGGAGGGGAUGGAGCAAGCGUGCAGGCUUUCACCCUUACAUAGGUUGCACUGUCAUGGCUCUGUCCAUCAUCCAGCUUAUCAUGGCAUUUCUCAGACCAGCCCUGGAGUCCCCCAGGAGAACCAUCUUCAACUGGAUGCACUUUGGGACAGGCACUGUCUGCCAGAUACUCGCCGUGGUGUGUGUGUUCCUGGGUGCUGCUCAGCAGGCGCUGCUGUUAUCCAGCCCCUGGUCUGCUGCAAUGCUGACUGGAUGGCUGCUGUGGAUCCUGCUGGCAAACCUGCUGCUACUAAUGCAUUCAUACAGACUCAGGAGUAGAGGAAAGAUAAGCAGUGACGACAAAGAGAACAUUUUGUCAGCUCAGUUGGAUGGAGAACAUGGAGAGUCCUUUCUUUCAGAUAUCCAAAGUCAAGAAGAUUGUGUUAGUGGUGUUCCUACUGGGAAAUACAGUGUUCCUGGCUGCAUUUAUAAAAGCUAUUGAAAGUGUUUAAUUAUGACAAAUUACUAUCUAUGAAAAUGACUUGUAAUUGUUUUAUAUGGAGUAUAUAUAUCUGUUAGUCAAGGAUGCUUUCUAUUCUCUGUUGAUACCUUAAAGGGACUUUUUUAGCCCUGGCCUAUCAUACUGUCUACCUAUCAUGUGUAUGCAGUGGCAAUAUCCACAUCUGUUCUUAUCCUAAUAAACCUAGAUUGGGGUUCAAUUAGCCCAGUUGAAUAGUUAUUCUGGUUACAGGAAACUUGGGUCUUACCUCAGCCCCAUGUCAUUCUCAGGGCGUCAAAUACCAAUGCCUUGUCACGCCAGUCCCCGUCUGAUACAACCAAGCGUCUGUAUGCGACGAGUUGGGAUGAGAACGCGUUGCUUAUUUUUGUAGUUGUCUUCCCUUCCUAAUAAAUAAUAACUCUGA